CAUCACAGAACAGUUUGUUAAAAAAAAUUCAUCGCCUUUGAAUCGCAAUUCUUGCACUUGUAAAAGAACUAUUGUGAAUGUGAUUUGCUUAAAUAUGAGAAGACUUUUGAUAAAGUAAGAUAACAAUGGAUUUGGAAAGUAUUUGGUGUGAUUGGGACGAUGAAGAAUUACAUAAGGGAAGUUGCACAGACAAGUUCAGGUCUUACGAGGCACUUUUGCAAAAGGACGAGAGAGCGCCAGCUAGAGAAAAAAAAAUGAGUCGCAUUGAAAGGCAUACAUCGGAAAUAGCAGAUUUUGAAUGUGAUUGGGGCAUAUUCCCAGAAGUUGAGAAGAAUUGGGGUCGUAGAAGAGAAAAAGCUGAACGAUCGCCCAAUAAUUUCGAGUUAUUAGCGAUCAAAAUGGCAAUAGUAGACACAGAAUACCCAGAAGUGUUUCUAAAACAAGAAAUGGUAUGGCCUCUUCAAAGUGCUAUUUUUAGUAUGAUUUUUACAAAAUGUAAGCCAUUUAUUAAAAUCGGUAUCAGUAACGUUAUAGAUGGUACUCUUCGCGUCAACUGUUUUGGAACAGCAGCUGUUGAAUGGCUUAAAACGUUGCAGGGAAUGACUGUAGAAGGUGUAACUUUAAAAGUUGUGGAGGGAAGUGAAUGUAAAAAAGUGUUUUCAGGUAAAAGUCCUUAUAAUCGAUUAAUCAAGAUGGCUGUAGUAAGUGAUAAACACCCAGUUGUGUCAAUCGAAGAUCACAUGGUACCAACUAUUCAGGGCCUAAUAAAUACAAUAACGGAUACAAAUAAUACUCCAAAGUCUUCUAUUAAUAUUACUCAAAUAGUAGGUGGUGCUUUACACGUGGAUUGUAAGGGCAGGAAUUCUGUAGAAAGACUUAGAGAUUUAGAUGGAAAGUCGGUUGAAGAGGGUAUUAAGUUAAAAGUAGUAAACUCAAAAUACCUUCCGACAUCCGUCAAAAUGAUUUGGAUUACGAAAUUGCAUUUGACUGACACUGCGAAGAUGUUAAAGUAUCUGCAACGAUGGAACAAAAAACUACGGAUUUGCGAUUGGAAAAUAGUGUACACUUAUAUCUGUGGAUCUUAUUUACGUAGAGUUAUUUUAAUGGAUGUAGCGACAGCAAAUGUUAUUAAAGCGGCUAAUUACAACUUAUAUGCUGGUGUUGAUUUUACCCGUUUUAGGCUAUGUGAAAGUAAUCGUUCGCCAGCAUUUGCAAGUGACCUUAAUGUCGAAGGAGGUGACACUACUUUGCAUAAGUCGUUGGACACAUCUCUGUUAAGACAGGAGCAAAAGCUGGAAUGCCCCAAACAGAAAUCUCUAUAUCCACCGAAAAUAUGUAGUACAUUGGUGCACACUUCAGACGUAGCGUCAGCAAAAGAAAAUAAAACCGCUUAUUACAACUUAUAUCCUCUUGUUGAUUUAAAGCCUUCUAGACCAUAUGAAAGUAAAUCUACACCAGCAUGUCUUAGUGAUCUUGAAAUUGAAGGAGUUGACACUACCUCGCAUACGCCUUUGGACACGCCCCUGUUAACAGAGGAGCAAAUAUUUAAGUCGAGCUCUGACUACAAAAGGCUCAGCGGAGCAGGACGUAAACGCCUAUGGAAGCUGGUCAAGGAUGAAGGCUUAGACUUACAGGAAGCCUUGAUAUUGGCACGCAAACCUUUGAAAGAGCCUUUUUUGUCCAAUCCUGAACUGGAACAUAACCUUAAAGGGGGCAGGUUGGAGGAGCAAUGCACCAAACAGGAAACUAAUAAUCCACCAAAAAUGUAUGCUAUACCUAAGGGGUAUACAUUGGUGCACCCCUCGGAUGUAGCAUCAGCAAAUGUUGCUAAAUCCGCAAAUUGCAACUUAUAUGGUGUUGAUUUAAAACAAGCAAGUACAGGGGAUCUUAAAGUUGAAGGAGGCGAGUCAACCUUGUAUACGGCCUUAGACACACCCCUGCAAACAAAGGAACAAAUAUUUAAAUCAAGCUCCAACUACAAAAGGCUAAGUGGAGCAAGACGUAGACGCCUAUGGAAGCUGGUCAAGGAUGAAGACUUAGACUUACAGGAAGCAUUAUUAUUGACUCGCAUACCUUCGAAAGAGCCUCUUUUGUCCAAUCCUGAACUGGAACAUAACCUUAAAGGGGGCAGGUUGGAGGAGGAAUGCACCAAACAGGAAACUAAUAAUCCACCAAAAAUUUAUGCUAUACCUCAGCACCCCUCAGAUGUAGCAUCAAAUGUUGCUAAAUCCGCUAAGUGCAACUUUUAUGCUGGUGUUGAUUUAACACAAGCAAGUACAGGUGAUCUUAAACUUGAAGGAGGCGAGUCUACCUUAUAUACGCCCUUGGUCACACCUCUGCUAACAGAGGAGCAAAUAUUUAAGUCAAGCUCCGACUACAAAAGGCUAAGUAGAGCAAGACGAAGACGCCUUUGGAAGCUGGUCAAAGAUGACUGCUUAGACUUACAGGAAGCCUUGUUAUUGGCCCGCGAACCUUCGAAAGAGGCUUGAAGAGGAAUACCUAAAACAAAAACCUAAAAAUGCACCGAAAAUGUAUAUAGCAACGCCCCCUCCUUUUUGAAGAUAAUGACAUUGGUACAUACACCUUAAAGGUAAAUCCGCUAGAAACAAGGGCUGAGGCCCGAAAUUUCUUGACAUCUCCGGCAAAUUCAGUUCGAUCCUUGUUAAGUGCGACAAUCAGAAAAGUAAGGAAUGACUCGUGCAAAUGAUCUCGGAAUGCAAGCCUUUCCAGGGUGGAAGAGGUCCCUACCGUGGAAAGGCUUCGUUUGCUUUGUGGGAAUCAUGUACACAUCUCUUAAUCACCGAUUGGUCGAAACUAUAAAUUUCUGUUACUUUCCUCUUCCCAGAUCUUUGCUUGCCCGGAGUCCGGAACACGGUGAGCAAGUCGGACUCUUUAGCUUCUUCAAUAAUACGUCUAACAGUAUUGACAGACUUCUUUGUUGACUCCGAAGUCUGUUUAAAUUUUUCAACAUCACUUUUUCCGUCUUUCUUCAUAUAGCAGUAUACAUCGUA